AUGCCGAGCCUGGAUCUCACUGCAAAAACUAGCUACCAGGGCCUUGCCGUUCCACGGGCCUCCAGCAUCCCAUCAAAGCAGACUUUAGCUUCAUUGUCACAUUGCACCCCAGGUCUUCCUAAUCCUCCCCACCUGGCCCCCAUGGCUGCCCCUAUUCUAGAAGGAGCUUUGGGGUGUCCUGGCUGGGCCUCUAUAAACCAGUCGGCCCUGCUAGGUUCUGCUGAUGAGGAAGCCAGAAGAGAGAAGAGGCAGGAGGUUGAGGGAGCUGGGACUUGCUCCCCCUGGACAGGAUUUGCUUUUCAUUCCUGUCAUCCUCACCCUAACAGUGGUUCCUCACCCUGGCAGCAGUAUCGGGUCCAGUCUCUAGCUCUUCUGGCUCACUUCUAG